AAUUAUUGAGGAUUCAGUCUUCCUUUUAGGAAUGUUAAUUUGAACUUUAAUAUGACUGUUGGAAAGUUUUGUUGCAAAAGUUUAAUUUAUGAAUUGGUUAACUUAAACUUAAUGUGUUAAUUUUUCAGAUAUCAGUACAGUACAGUGUUACAUUAUAUUGUAAGAAAAACUUGGCAGAUAAAAUAUCUUUUAUCAGAGGAUCAGUUGACUUAAUUUUUAAGAACAGUACAGUACAGUGUAAGGUGUAACCUGGAUACUGUUGUGUAGUGACAGAAGUAUCGGUGUUAGCUCUGUUGCUAAGUCUAAUUUACAUAUUAAGAGUACUAACAAGCAAUCAGUCAUAUUGUUUUGUCGUUUUGGGUCAGUGUGUUCAAGGUGUGGGCUUGCUGGUGAUGCUUUGAACCACCGAGGUGACCAGAAGAUGAGGAGGUAUCUCCUCUACAUUGGAUAUUCUGGCACAAGACUUCGGGGUAUCCAGAAACAAGCAGAUAAAGUAGAGAGGUCGUUGAAAAGUGUUCAUGGCCUGGUGGAGGAGGGGUUGUAUCGCCUCCGUCCAGCCAACACCCCUGCCCUCUGCUUCUCUAGUCGUACUGAUAAAGGUGUUCAUGCAGUGUGUAAUACAGCACAUGUAGAUUUGUCCAGACGCACUGAAGGGACAUUUUAUGAUCCUUAUGUAAUCACACAGCAACUCAAUCGCUACUUCAAAAAGACUGUGACAGAUAUUAGAGUCCACAAAACAGUUGUAGUUCCUCCCACUUUCCACGCCCGCUUUGAUGCUGAUGGCCGAAGGUAUCUUUAUCGUCUUGGUGUGGCCCCAACUGAUGCUGCCAAGUCCCGGUUUGACGUUGAGGCUUUUCUGCCCACAGCUGAAAUUAACAACAUUUAUGUAGUGAGGCCUCCCUUUGAUACUGAGCGUGUACAGUCUGCUUGUCGUAUGCUGGAGGGGGUGCAUGACUUUGCCACCUUUGGGGCUGCUCUUCCUAAGAACAGCAAACCAAGGGAAACAACACGUAUUAUUCACAAGAUAUCACUUACACCAGGACGACCUCUGCUAGAGCCACAAUUUGACCCAAGUGCAUCACACCUCCAGUUCUGGGACAUCAUUGUUGAGGGCAAGUCUUUCUUGUACAAACAGGUACGCAGGACUGUUGCUGUGUUAGUGGCAGUGGCUCAGGGACGCAUAUCCUUGGAUGACGUGAGGUACCUGCUUGACAAUCCCAGUCCACAAAAUUGGAACUCACGUGCUCAAACUGCACCUCCUUGUGGUCUCUUCCUUCUGAAUGUUGGGUAUCCUGAACAUGUCUUGUGUGUGGACAGUUUACACGCUGUUGGUGAUGAUGAUGGUGAUGAAAAAAUGAAAACACACCAGGAUGAAAACAGUUGUGAAAAUGAUGUAAGAUAGAAAGGGAUCUGAAUAAGAUUACUGCACUGUGAGCUCUGGAAACAUGUAAAUAUAUUCAGUCCUCGAUGAAAUAUGUGUACUUAAUGAAAAAUGUGUUUCAUACAUAAUGAAUAAAUUAAUUGUACAAGUAGAAAGAAGUUUUUAAUGAAAGGAUAUUGUCAUUGUGUUAUACCAAAGAAAAAACACCAAACGGUGAAACAACUUACAGGAGUUAUGAAGUUUCUUUACAUGUGAGAAUUGUGUAUAUAUUCCAUUUAAUAAAAUCACUACUCUAUA